AAUUUAUAUAUCUAUGGAACGUGGAGGCAGACUCCAUCGCUAUCGCAGACAUGCAACUCAACCACCAACAGCCACCUUUGACACUAACUCUGGCAUAGGUUUAAUGCACGCAACGAACUCAUCAAACAUAAAUCUCCAAAACACACUCAGCCCUAACCCUAACACUCCCAUGAUCAUGUCCAACACAGCUCCAACGCCACAGCCAUCAGCUUCUCAAUGCUUGGUCCGCGAACAGGACCAGUACAUGCCCAUCGCCAACGUGAUACGAAUCAUGCGCAGAAUCCUCCCACCGCACGCCAAAAUCUCCGACGAUGCCAAAGAGACUAUUCAAGAAUGUGUUUCUGAGUACAUCAGCUUCAUCACCGGCGAAGCCAACGACCGUUGCCAGCGCGAGCAGCGCAAGACUAUCACCGCCGAGGAUGUUCUUUGGGCCAUGGGAAAGCUAGGGUUUGACGACUAUGUUGAGCCGCUUAAGCUCUUUAUGAACCGCUACCGGGAAAUGGAGAACGAUCGUGGCUCCAUUCGUGAGCCGAUUCUCCGGCGGAGUAGUACUGGUGGAGUUUUGGAUUAUGGGAAUUAUGGAAAUUAUGGUAUGAUGAGUCCGUUUAUGCCGACGUUUCCGAUGGUUGCUCCUCCUCCUCCUCCCCCGCAAGGCGUUUUUGAUGGUGCAAUGAUGAAUGGGUAUUACCGGAAUAAUAUUUCUGACGGUGGUUCUGGUCCUGGUUCUAGUAAUCUUGGUGGGUCAUCUUCUUCUCAAAAUCCUCUGGUUCAUAAUUAUGAUCCUUUUUCACAGUUUAAGUGACACCCAUUAAUUAAUCUUGAUAGCUUGAUCCAAAGGAAUAAAUUAAGAGGGCUUUUAGAAACUACAUGGUUGCAGAUUUUUUUAUAUAGCUGAUUAUGGAGUGUAUGCAUGGCGCUGUUGAGAUAGUAUUAUAUAACUAUAUUAUUAAUUUAUUU